AUGCUCUAUCAUCAGUCAAUCUUACAAGAGUUGCCAGGGAGUGACAUGACGGAGCCAACAAAGAUCAUCCACUUCCCUGCCACGCAUGACGGGAAAACCAGUUCUCCUGUCGAUUCGGCAGACAUGAACAAUGACAUGGACGAGGUUGUAGGAAAGAAGCAAAGAAACCCCACGGCGCAGAAUGUGAAAUUAUUCUGUGAUGACCAGGACACCGUGCACCUGCGCCCGAAUACAGUUUAUGUUCUUGUGGGAAAACCCGAGGGUGUCGCGAGUGUGCUUGGACCAUAUUUGCAGAACUGGGGGGCGAGGACUUUCGUAUUUCUGACCAACGAGAGAAAUACCAGCACAGACGGAAGAACAGUACUGGAUCAGCUUCGACAUACAGGUGCGAAUGUCGAAGUCUACACCAAUUGCUUGUCAAAUAUCUCCAGGUUGUCCAGCGUCCUUUCGCUGUGGAACAGAGACCAGUGGCGCAUUGGGGGAAUCAUCUAUGACAGGACCAUGGACAAAGACAUCGAGCUGGAUGACCUCUGUACUCAUGUUAUGGAAAUGAAGGCUCUUCACGAGGUGACAGCCCACAUGCCGCUAGAUUUCUUCGUGACAUUCUCUGGAGUCCAGCGAUCCGCCGAUGUGGAUGUACUUGCUACGCACCGCGCGGAACACAAUCUUCCAUUUGUGGCCACUUCCAUUGAUUGUUACUGUGAUCAAGAGGCUGGCCUCGAAAGCCAUCGUUCUAUGGGACAUUGUCCGUAUCUGGAUGAAGAGUCGAUGGUAUCGUUGAUCAAAAAUUGCAUACACUACCCAAACCGGACAACAGAGACCUGUCACGUCAGUAUUCCUGGAAAGGAUUCCAUGUUGUCUUCAGGAGAAUCAACAUCAGGAUUUAGUUCGGCCAGUGAAACCAAUGCAGGGAGCGACACGUCCAAUUUGACAAUCCCGACUCCGGCACCUUGUCACGAUCCCAAUAAUCACGACCUCGCGGAAGCUGAAGAAAUGAAAAAUAACACAGACAAUCUUCCGGGAGAAAUAUCAGGUGCUGCAACAUUUGCGGAUGCAACAGAUGCAUUGUCCGCAGCAAUGGUCUCCAAGAUGGCGAGGCUGCUAGGAACGGACGAAGAUGAAGUUGAUAUCGAUCAGCCACUUGGCGCCCUUGGCGUAGACUCCUUCAUCGCAGCCGAAUUCUGUAACUGGCUGAAAACGGAGGCAAAGUCAAACGUUGAUAUUUUUGAGCUACUAGGGGCAAGAUCCUUGGGAAUAUUUGCGGAUGAGGCGACGAGACGUUCAACCCUGCUCAGUUCCCGAGUACAGGAGGAAGUCAACUCUGCACGGUAA